AUGGAAGAACUGUCCUCGGGGAGGACAGAAGGAAAUCAGAUCGUGGUUACCGGUAGUCGCCCGGGCGCGAUGCCAGUUAGAAAUCUCUAUGAAACCCUAGAGCAUGAAGUUGUACUGCCAGCACAACCUGAACCAAUACUUAUCUGCAGUGAAAAUCCGGGCAGAAGGAAAAGGCAUAGUUCUCGGCGCAGGAAAAGGUCCACUAGACGCCGAGAGUCAAUAUCAGAGCAGGAGGGGUCGGUUCCUGCUGGUAGGGAAUCGACGCCGUACCACGAGGAGUACAUCGUGCAAUCUCCACAGCCUGAGUGGAAUAGAUACGAAGGAUAUAUGCCUCAUCAGGAGCCGAUGAGACAAACCAUACAUCCCAAAGACUCCCCGCUAUGCAGGGAUAUUCUGGAGCAGCCUAUGGAGAAGGUAAAGAUGCCGACGGUGGCAACCGACUGGUAUAAGAAGUUGCCGGCUGGAUCGAUAUUUAGCUUUCGGCAGAUACAAGAGGACUUUGUGAGGCGGUUCAUUAGCAAAGUUGAACGAAAGAAAACAUCCGGAGAUUUGAUGUCAAUCUCACAAAGGCCGAAAGAACCGCUGAGAGAGUACCUUACUCGGUUUAACAACGAAUCCAUCACCAUAACAGAUUUACAGCAAGAAAUAGCCGUUUUGGCUCUGUUGAGAGGAAUGCAAGAGUGCGAGUUCAAAAGGUACCUGGGAAGAAAAUCAUUUACCUCGCUGGGGGAGGCCUUGAGAAAAGCAAAUGAGUAUAUCAGAAGUGAUGAGUUGAUGCUAAUAUCACCCAUGGGGGGAAAUCAGGCAGUACAAUCGGCCAGGAAAGAUCAUGUUCCCAUACAGCAACACAGUUACCGAAAAGAUAACAGUAGAAAGGAGGGCCAUCAGCAGAGAGGGGGAUAUCAGAAUAGACAGCCGGUAGGGGCUUAUAAGAUGUAUACUCCACUUAACACCGCCAGAGCCACUAUCUACGCAGUAAACAAAUCAGCGGCGUGGAGAAAGCCGUUACCGAUGGAUGCUCCAGGUAACAAUAAGAAUUUUUGUGCUUUUCAUAAUGAUCAUGGUCAUUACACGGAGCAUUGUAAAGAGCUAAAAGAUAACAUUGAAGAGCUGCCCGCUGGUAGGAUUGAACAAGCACCACCACCCCGACAAGAAAUCCGGUCAUUACCGGAAACGAGUAAAGAAGGGGCUGACAGGGGAAAGAGACCCACUAUCUGGGUGAUUUCAGGAGGGCCCGUGCAUGGAGGUACAGUUAGCGGGGCAAUAAAGAAUCUAGAGGAGCACCGGCACCUGGUGAGCUACCAUAGUGCAAGGAAAUGGCCGGAACCAACCCCCUUACCGGUCAUCACGUUCACCUCGGAGGAUUGUCGCGGCAUCAUAUACCCCCAUGAUGACCCGCUGGUACUGGAGCUCGAGAUAGCAAACUUCCCCGUCAAGAGAUGCCUAAUUGAUGGAGGCAGCUCUGCGAACAUCAUAUUCUGGGAAGCUUUCACCCAGUUGAACAUAGAUCACGGAGAGUUAGCAAGGGUAAACUAUCCCGUUAUCGGAUUCUCUGGAGCCAACGUUUACCCCGAAGGCAGCAUCCGUUUACCGGUUCUAGUGGGUAGAGGAGUAUCAGCCAGGGACUUAAUGGUCGAUUUUUUGGUGAUAAAGGUACCAGCAGCGUAUAACGUAAUAAUUGGUCGACCGUUUAUCCAUGACGCCCAGGCGGUGGUGUCCACUUAUCAUUUGACUAUGAUAUAUCUCUCGAAUCUGGAAAGAACGGAAAGAGUACAUGGCAGCCAGGAGACUGCCAGAUCGUGUUAUCUGACAGCGAUAAAGGCACAAGGAAGGAUGGUACCGAAAACCAACCUCGCCCGAGAAGCAAACAUGCCAGCUAAAAGAAAGAGAUGGGAUCUUAGUAUGGAGAAUUUUGAUGAAAGGCCUGCUUGCAUCCCAAGGUCGGCUGCAGAUGGAGAAACUCGAGAAAUUGAGUUGAUAGAAGGAGUUCCGGAGAAAACGGUACGAAUAGGUGCCGAUAUGGAAACAGAUCAGCAGGUCAAUCUUAUCGGCCUACUGCGAGAACAUGCAGAUGUGUUCGCCUUCUCUGCAGAUGAAAUGUUCGGUAUCAGCCCAGACAUUAUAGUGCAUCGACUGAAUGUGGACAAGUCAGUCAGGCCGGUGAAGCAAAAGAAGAGAAAUUUCUCCAAUGAAAAAAAUACCGCAAUAAGGGAAGAAGUGGAAAAAUUGCUGGAAGCAGGGUUCAUAGAAGUUUGUGACUACCCCGAAUGGUUGGCUAACGUGGUCAUGGUAAAAAAGUCAAAUGGCAGUUGGCGAAUGUGCGUGGAUUUUACCAACCUGAAUGGGGCAUGCCCCAAGGACUGCUAUCCGUUGCCACGAAUCGAUAGACUGGUAGAUUCGACCAGUGGCCAUGCUCUGUUGAUUUUCCUGGAUGCCUUCUCAGGGUAUCACCAAAUCAGUUUGUGUAAGGCCGAUAGAAAGAAGGCCGCCUUCAUCACAGAUACAGGGGUGUACAGUUACAAGGCUAUGCCGUUUGGGUUGAAGAAUGCAGGAGCAACCUACCAGAAGCUGGUGGAUAGGGUAUUUGCUUCCCAGAAAGGGAGAAACAUAGAAGUAUAUGUGGAUGAUUCAAUAGUUAAAAGCCGAUUGGCCAGCGACCACAUUGAUGAUUUGAGAGAAACCUUCGAAACACUGAGGAAGUUUAGGAUGAAGUUAAACCCCAAGAAAUGUGUAUUCGGGGUCCGAUCAGGAAAGUUCUUGGGUUUUCUAGUAAGCGAAAGGGGAAUUGAUGCCAACCCAGAUAAGGUAGAAGCAAUUAUGAACCUACCAGAGCCCGGUUGCAUAAAAGACGUGCAAAAGUUAACAGGAAGAAUGGCCGCAUUGACCCGGUUCAUUAGCAAAUCAGCAGAUAAGUCGUUGCCCUUCUUCAACGUAUUAAAGCAAAACAAGAAAUUCAAGUGGGGAGAAACAGAAAAAGCAGCUUUUGAGGCUGUAAAACGGCACUUGCAAGCCUUACCCACGAUAGCCCGACCAGAGGAGGGAGACACGCUGCAGCUAUACAUAUCUGCUUCUCAGCACACAGUAGCAGCAAUACUGAUCAUAGAGAAGGAUAAAGCACAGAUACCGGUGUACUUUGUCAGCCACAUCUUGCAAGAAGCAGAAACGAGAUACUCCUUGAUAGAAAAGUUGGGAUUGGCAGUGCUGAUUGCAGCCAGAAAACUGAGACCCUACUUUGAUGCGCACGGAAUUGAAGUCCUCACAAACUACCCACUAGAGAAAGCAAUGCAAAAAAUGGACACAUCAGGAGGAGGAAAUAGAGGAAGGAAAAUGGGAAGUAGCAGUAAGCGCUCUGUUACCAAGUCAGGGGCAGGAGGAUGGGUAAUAAUUACUUCACCAGAAGGAGACCAGUUCGAGUAUGCUAUUAAGUUCUCUUUCCAGGCAUCAAACAACGAGGCAGAAUACGAAGCUGCAAUUGCUGGCAUACAGAUCUGCAUGGCGGCUGGUGCUCGUAGGCUCAUACUCACAACCGACUCACAGUUGGUAGCAAACCAGUUCUCAGGAGAGUAUGAAACGAAGGAAGAAUCCAUGAAACGAUAUGCCGAAAAGCGUAAACAGUCAGUGGCACAGUUGGAAAGUUUCGAAAUAAAAUUAGUGCCCCGAUCAGAGAACAUGUUGGCAGACUCCCUGUCGAAACUGGCCAGCUCAAGUGUUCUGAUCAAAUCAGUAAUGAUGGAAGUCAUGCGUCGAAGGAGUACGAAGAUAGUGGGGAAAGAGGUCAUGGUAAUCACGAGCCAACCUGAAUGGUAUGACACUAUGUGGACAUACAAGAGAGAUGGAACACUGCCUACAGAAAAAACGGAGGCAAGAAGGUUGAUUAGGAACUCAUGCUGGUUCAUAAUCAUCAGAGGUCAACUCUACAAACGGGGUUUCAGCUUGCCUUUGUUACGAUGCAUAUCAGCGUAUGAAUCGGCACGAAUGAUAGAAGAAAUGCAUGAGGGAAUUUGUGGAAAUCAUCAGGGAGGAAAAACCCUUGCACUGGUAUGCCAAAGACAAGGAUACUACCGGCCGACAAUGUUAACAGACGCACAAGAGUACGUCAAGAGAUGUGAAAAAUGUCAAGUUUUCUCGGCAGUCAUCAAUCGUCCUGCAAACGAUCUCAUGCCAAUCCUAAAUCCAAUACCGUUCGCCCAGUGGGGAAUGGACAUUCUGGGACCAUUCACAACGGCAUCUGGUGGAAGAAAAUUUCUUAUAGUGGCAGUUGAUUAUUUCACCAAAUGGAUAGAAGAAGAACCAGUGGCAAAGAUAACUGCAAAUCAGGUGAAAAAGUUCAUAUGGAAAAAUAUAAUCACCAGGUUUGGAUUACCAAUGGCAAUCGUUAUGGACCAUGGGGCAGAAGCUUCCAACAAGCAGAUACUGGCAGCAAUGAGAAAGAAGCUGGAAGACUAUAAGGCUGAAGCAGUGAUACCAGCAGAAGUAGGGUUACCCACAUUCAGGAUCCAGCAUUAUGAAGAAGACAAGAACGAUCAACUGUUAAGGCAGGAGCUGGAUUUCCUCCCAGAGAUCAGACUCAGAGCAGAAAUCAGAUCAGCGGCAUACAAACAGCGUAUAAGUAAUGCUUACAACAAAAGAGUAAAGCACAGGCAACUUGAAGUAGGAGACCUGGUGCUCCGUAGAACUGCAGCUACGGGCAAGGCAAAGGUUCAAGGAAAAUUAACCCCAAACUGGGAGGGGCCCUAUCAGAUAUGGGAAGAAAUCGUACCAGGAGCUUUUAGGAUGAUGGAUAUGGGGGGAGUCGCAUUGAAAAACUCGUGGAACGCCAGCGUCCUUAGAAAGUUUUAUGUGUAA